CAAAGAACCGACCCAUCCCGCUUGGUGUUGAUUGCCGCUGAAGGGUACAAGUUGGUCACUAAAAGAGCGUGAUCUUUUCUAUUCUCCAACUAAACGCGAAAUACAUUACUGCAGACAUAAAAUUUCAGUGUUGAAGCAAGAAAAUUAACAAACAAAGAAACAAAGAGAAACCCAAAACAGAAGAGCUGAGACAUGGCCAGUAAUAUACUGGAGACAGAAGAGGCAUCAUCACCAAGCAUUCACAUACCACAAGAAUGGUCAGAGGCUGCGAAUACUAUAGCAUACGAUUCCCCUACUUCACCUCUUCCUGUUUCCUUAAUUUGCGGAGCUAAGAACUGUGGUAAAACCACCUUCUCUCGUUACCUUCUCAACACUCUUCUCCAGAGAUAUCGAAGGGUUGGCUAUUUGGAUACAGAUGUUGGGCAGCCUGAGUUUACUACUCCUGGUUUUGUAUCCCUCACUGUGGUUGAUAAACUAACCCCAGAUUUGACAAUUCCAUGCCUCAAGACACCUGAGAGAUGUUUCUUCUUUGGGGAUGUUUCUUCGAAAAGAGAUCCAUCAACAUACCUGAAAUACAUAUCCACAUUGUGCAACUACUAUCGGAAGGAGUAUUGCAUCUCUAACACUAGUGAAAGCACUGCAAAGACUGAGUUGCCUCUUGUUGUGAAUACACCUGGCUGGGUAAAAGGUGUUGGUUAUGAUAUAUUGGUGGAUAUGGUGAAAUGUAUUGCUCCUAGCCAUGUGGUUAAGAUAAACAUAUCUUCUGAAAGAAAGAAUUUACCAGCAGGAGCAUUCUGGCUUGAUGAGGACUUCUGUGAGGAAGUUAAUCUAAUUGAGAUAAAUUCGGCUCGUCACGACUCCUUCAACAGAUCGGUGCUAGUUCAAAAGGAUGCACGGCUUCUGAGAGAUCUACGAAUAAUGGCUUAUUUCAGGCAGUGCUUCUCGAGUAGUUUGAAUAUCACAACAAUCAAGGAAUUAGCAAAUGCUUUAGCGUCUCACCCUCCUUAUCAAGUUCCAAUAUCAAGCAUCAAGAUUAGACAUCUCCAUUGCCAGGUCCCUCAUACUGAAAUCUUCUACAGUUUGAAUGCAAGCAUUGUUGGUUUGGCAGUUAGUUCUGAACAGUCAGAAACUUUACCUUGGUGUUCUGGUCUUGCUUUCACUGUAAUUAAGUCAAUUAGAAAUUUACUGUUACUGGGUCGGCUCUGAUUGGUAAUUUUUUGAUUAGAAGUCUCAGUUUCAUUCAUUUAGUUAUUAAUAUCUUUUCCUCUGUGUUAUUGCUUUCAUUGUAAUUGAACCACUUGCAGUAUUGCUCAUACAUGUCUUUCUAAACUGGAACGCUGAUGAGUUACUUUUAUAGAUUUAAAGAAACUUAGAAGCCUUUAAUAAUUUAAUCCAUCAGCAAAAGUUGGAUCAGUUGGGUAAAACUUAGAAACGUAGGCUUCAGCUUGCUUCUAUACACUUUCAAAGUUGCUUCUUUCUGAUUUUCCUUAAAAAUUAAGUAGCUUCAAGGGCUAGCAUAAGCAUUAUUUUUUUGACAUCCAUCUCAUACCUAAGUAUGCUUUGAGCAUAUUUUCUGUCACUUCUUUGUUGUCUUUCCGUAUUUGAAUACCAUGAAUAUAGAGAAUCUCUUUCAACAAUCUAGUAGAGAUAGGAUUAUAAGAAUGAUGAAGAACAAAAGUCAACAAGAGAAAUUUCUUUGCAGUGAUUAGAGAACUUUUUCAUAUAGUCAAACUACAUAUGAUUGAGAAAUAUCCACUACAGAUAGACUUGGGUUGCACAGGCUUAUGUAUUGUUUUGAAAAUAUUCACUCUUCUUAUUUUAUGGCUUUUGUUAUAAAUUUCCAUAUGUAUUUCAAUAAAUUUCUGCCUUAAAUCUUACCAUGACCUUAUUUAGUUUACUUAACUCAUU